AAGCAACUUCAUCCCGUCUACCAGGAUGCGUCGUCCACCUUCCUACGUAGCGCUCAUUCGCAUAUUCCAAGUCCUUGCCUUCCCAGAGACUACUUCAGAUCUCCGUAUUCAGAAAUUUCCUCUCGCAAAUCUGAUUUCUGCUAUAGCUGAUCAACUUCCGCCAUGCCAUCCCCACCCCGGCGCCGAAUCGUCGGAGUAUCCACCAAGAUGUACUUCUCCGCCGCAAGGACCAAAGCUUACAUCGCCGAAUUAUUACAACACCUCUCCAAAUCGCCCAAAAUACUCGACCAAAUAGACAUAUUUGUCAUCCCGGACCAUAUUACUCUAACCUCGGUCAUCGCGCAGUUGGAAGGCAGCAAAGUCAUGACAGGCGCCCAGGACGCCUUCUACGAAGACUCCGGGGCAUACACGGGAGAGGUUUCCCCUUGUGUCUUGGCCGAGGUAGGUUGCCGCAUAGUCGAAGUGGGCCAUGCGGAGCGAAGACGCAUAUUUGGCGAGAUGGACGAGGAUGUUGCGAAGAAGGCUCGUUCAGCGGCGAGGAAUGGCAUGAUCCCCCUAGUCUGCAUAGGUGAGCGCACAAAGGGGGAAGUCAGUAUCGCGGUCGAUGAGUGCAGAACUCAAGUCGAGAAUGUGAUGGCUGCUGUGGCGGACGAUGCAGAGGUCAUUCUAGCUUAUGAGCCGGUGUGGGCCAUUGGAGCAGCGGAGCCGGCCGGGGCUGGGUAUGUCGUGAGCGUGGUCAAAGAGAUUAGGGCGUUGGAUUGUGUUCAGAUGCGGGAAGGAGUCACGAGGGUGUUAUAUGGUGGGAGUGCAGGGCCGGGAUUGUUUGAAAGGUUGAAAGAGGGCGUGGAUGGGUUGUUUUUAGGCCGGUUUGGACAUGAUCCAGCGCAGUUUUACAAGACGAUGCAGGAGAUCGCUUCAGCUCAGUAGAGACUGCAUUAGCGAUCCUGCACAAAUUCAUCUGCAG